UUCUCAGUGCCUCCUGUCUCUUCAUGUGAUCCCAGUCUGACUCCAUGAUAUUGGGAUCAGGUCUCUGUGGGGACCAGACCACCUGCUGCAGGACUCUUCUUCUUGUCUUUAUGACUCUGGCUGGAUGUUUGGCUCGUUGUCCUGCUGCAGGAUGAAUCUGGGAUCAAUCAGACGCCUUCUGAUUGUACUGAGUGAUGGAUAAGAGGUUAAUCCGGCCAUGGUCGGCAGGCAGUCAAUCAACUGUCUGUAAAUCUCUGUCAGUCGCUCAGUCUGACAGUAAAUACUCAGUCUUUCUGUCAUUACAAUGUCAGUCAGUCGUGUUAUCACUUAGCCUCACCUGUGCAGAUACUGUUGAUGGGUGUGCAGGUAAAGAAGGAGACAGUAAACAUUACAAGCUGUCAGACCAGUCCGUUUCUUUGUCUGUCACAGUGGUAGAAGAAGUACCACUGCAAACAACAAUGUAAAAAUACUCCAAUGUAAGUAAAGGUCCAUAUAUGAAAGCACAGAACUAUUUUUCAGCUUAAUGCUUUUCAGCAAGCACUUUUUUUUAUUUUAUGUAAGCACACAUUUAUUCCCCACCCCUGGUCGGUCAGUCAGUAGACAGCCAGUCCGACUACAGACAGGGUUGAAGUUGUGCAGAUACAGGACCAGACAGUUUUCAGCAGAAGCAGUCAGACCAGUCAGACUGAACACACCUUCACCUUCAGUCCUCCAGUGACAGCGUUUAAGAUCAGGGCUGAAGUUACCACUGAGGACGUAACGUCAUCAAACCCCCCUGAUCUGAACACCACCGAAAAUCUGUUCAAAGAUCUUAAACAUGCUUAGACAUGCUGUGUUUGCAGAACCUGAAGUGAUCUGCAGGAACAGUGAAGGGGAGAUUACUAAGUACUAACAGACUGAGCAGGGUACCCCAACUUUACCAUACAGCUGUAUCACUACAUCUAGCUCAUAUUAUCAUGACGGGCCAGUAGGGCUGCAUCUAACAGUUAAUUUAUUUAUUUAUUUAUUUAUCUGGCGGGAUUAUUUCCUUGUUUGACUGUUUAUUCUAUAAAAUGUCAGAAAAUAGUGAAAGGUGUAUGUUAUAAUUUCCCAAACCCUAAGUUGCUGUCUUUAAAUUGUUUUAUUUGUCCAAUCAACAGCCCAAACCCCCAAAAUAUACAAGUUUACAAUCACAUAAAGCAAAGACAAGUAACAUUUUGCCACAUUUGCUUGAAAAAAUGAUGGUGAAAAACCUGGAGUCCAGAUUUUAGAAGUGCCUCAGGGACCACUCAGACUCAACAGUCAGGUUUUCAGGGGAUGAAACAUGAGGAGUGGGAACAUUAGGAAGCAGAUAAGGAAACGUUGCCUCCUCCCUGAACAAACAGUGUGAUGACUUCUGAUUAGCUGCUUCAGCUGUUUGUGUGAGUGGGCUGAAGUGUUGAGCGCUGACUCUCCCUGGACAAAUAAAACCUAUGAUCACUGUGUUGAACAACUCAUCUCUAACAUGAUGUAAAUGAACAGAAGUUCGAACUGACGUCUGCUUUCGAUUCAGGUUUGAUUUAAAACGUCUCGAUUUGAUGUGUUUUAAUACUGUUUCGUUCAGUUCUCGUGAAUGCAAACCAAUAGUUCAAUAACAUGAAGGCACAUUUUUUUCAAUGAAAAUUGAAUGUUUAUAGACAUGCUGGCAUGGCUAUAAACUGGCUGGCAUUUGUGGACUUUUCCUCUAACGCCACCAUGAGCUUCACAUUUGUGGUUUUGAGUAAAAUGUCUCAGCAGCUGUUUGGGAGAUUGCCAUGAAAUCUAGCUCAAUGCUAACGUGUUGAAUAGCACCAGAGAACAGCUGAGGUUCAUGGGAAUGUCAUUAGUUUUGCAGGUAUUUAGUAAUUUAUUUUCUCUUCACCAUGGAAACACAUCAGUUUAUUCAAAUUUUUAAAUAAUCAGUUAUUGGACGUUUUGCGGAUCAUGUCUUCUUUGUCCUCUGCAGCUCAGUCAUCGGUCAUGUUUAGGUAGAGACCCGGCUCCGCAGCACCCAUCAUGCUGAAGCGUCUGGAUAAGAUCCGGUUCCGGGGCCAGAGACGGGACGAGUUCCUGGAUCUGGCCGAGUCGCCCAACACGUCCGACACAGAAUGCACAGAGGAGCCCGUGAUGAAACCUCGUAUCUCCGUCAGAGAGCCGGAGGAGCUGAGGGAGGUGGAGGGAGAGCAGCAGAGUUAUUCUCAGGCUGUUCCAGGAUCAUUUUCUGCAGCUCUUCAAGACGAUCCGAGGACAGAUCUGAACGAGGUCAAAGGGCACCUGGAAGUCGCCUUGUUAGAGAAACACUUCUUACAGGAGGAGCUGAGGAAACUUAAAGAAGAGUCCAACGUGGAUUCACUGAGACAGGAGCUGGAGAAGGAGCGCUGCAGACGCAUCGAGCUGGAGCAGAAGGUCAACGAUGCCCUGAGAUCCAGACUUGAAGACUCACCUUCUCAGACACCUAAAGCCCCGCCCCCUCUUCCACCUGCAGGCAGCGGUACAGACAAACAGAAGGACACUCUGUCCAGCAGUUUCCUGAAAUGGGUUUAUGACCGUUUUGGCGUCUAUAUCGAAGACUUCCGCUUCCAGCCGGAGGAGACGGCGGUGGAGACGGAGGAGCCGCUGAGUGCCAAGAGGUUGACUGAAAACAUGAGACGGCUCAAGCGAGGAUUCAGGCCCGUGACCAACUUUAUGAGGAACCUCUCCGCCUUAUCCAGCUGGUACUCCGCCUACACGUCAGGCAUCGCCUUCAUCGUCUACAUGUAUGCAGCGUGGCACGGCUGGGCCGUCCCCAUGUUCCUGUUCCUCGCCAUCGUUCGCCUGUCUUUGAAUUACCUCAUUGCCAGAGGCUGGAGGAUCCAGUGGAGCAUCGUACCCGAAGUCUCAGAGCCUGUGGAGCCUCCUAAAGAAGACCUGACGGUGUCGGAGAAGUUCCAGCUGGUUCUGGACGUCGCUCAGAAAGCGCAGAAUCUGUUUGGGAAGAUGGCAAACAUCCUGGAGAAAAUAAAGAAUUUGUUCAUGUGGGUGCGGCCAGAGUUGACCCAGAAGCUGUACAUUGGUCUGUGGGUGGCCUUCAUCUCCUCCUGUCUGCUGCCGUACAAACUGCUGGGAUUCAUCAUAGCUAUGUAUGCAGGUAUAAAGUUCUUCAUCAUCGACUUCAUCUUUAAGAGCUGUCCCAAGCUGCGGCAGCGCUUCGACACCCCCUACAUUAUCUGGACCAACUUACCCACCGACCUGCAGCUGAAGGAGCGCAGCAGCACCACUCUGAGCCGACGGGUGCCUUCAGCGGCGGGUCGAGGCAGCCUCAGUGCUGCAGCUCCUUUGGGUGUCAGCCGGGACGAGGACGGAGGACGAUACUACAGCACCAAGAGGGGAGCUUUUCAUGAAGUCUUCAACCUGCCGGAGAGUGAGCGUCCCCUGACAGUGUGUGAGAACGGCUGGCGCUGCUGCCUUAUCAACAGAGACAGAAAGACACCAACAGACUACAUCCGCAACGGAGUCCUCUACGUCACCGAGAAUUAUCUGUGUUUCGAGAGCUCCAGCUCCAGGUCUGGAUCCUCCAAGAGGAACAAGGUCAUCAAACUGCAAGACAUCAAAGAAAUCCAGAAGUACAAAGUUUUGUCAGUGCUGCCUGGAUCUGGGAUGGGCAUCUCCAUAGCGACGCCAUCCACCCAAAAGCCGAUGGUGUUCGGUGCGAUGAUGCACAGAGACGAAGCCUUCGACGCCAUCUCCACUCAAUACAACAAGAUUCUGGCCAUGGUUACAGCCACCAACCCAGAGACAUAGUAACACCUUGACAAGAUGGCUGCCUUCACUCAAACACUGGAUCCGUUUCUCUUUUUUCAUCCGUGACGUCUUCACACAGCUGCUGACUGCGGUGUGAUCAGGGUAACCUAAUCAGCCAUCAAUCAAUAAGCUGAUUCCAACCAAUCACUGAUUUCAGUUCACAAUCAGCCGAACCAGUACAAAUCACAGUUGAUAAACAGUUUGACAUAAAGCUUCCACAAAAGAGUUUACAGUAAAUUCUCAAAUACAAGAAGCUGCUUUUCAGAUAAGUUGCUUGCACAAACUAAUAAAGGUCAGUAAAGAACAUUGAGGAGGGGUGAAAUUACCUGUACUAUAAUCAGAGCUCUACAUGUACUGUCUAAGACUCUGCUAACUCUUAUUAUUUUUAUUAUUGCUUUCUCUGUUAAGCUGUUCUCAGUGAAGUGCAACUCUUCCUGUUUCACAUUAAAAGCCGUUUCUCUCUGUUUGGUGAAAAGAAAUUCGUAGAAAUCCAAAUAACAGUGAGAUCCAGACAGAGACCUUCAUUACUGCAGCGUUCAGCCUCCUUGCUCUGAUUUUUUGGACAGUUGUUUUUACAGUGUUCUUAGCAGACAAACAUGUUUAAACCUCAUUACAUUAGUGUCUUCAGGAAACUGUAAAAACGUAAUUAAAUGACUCUGCAUUGUAUUUAACAGCUAAGCCUUAUACAGUGUUUAUAUUACAAUGUUUUUUUUUUUAACGAGACUGUUUCUAUAUGAAUGUUUUACAGCUUUUUUCUGCGUGACAUUUAAUGUAAGCCAGAAAAUCUCAGCUUCAAUUUUUUUUCUUAGCUAAAAGUUGAUAAGUGAAAGCUAACAAUGCAGAUACAACCUCUAAUGCUUCAGUUUCUUUAGCUUAUUCAUUAGCUCCCAUGUUAGCUUAAAAGAAAGAACAAAUGGACUUUAGCUUUUCUCAUAGCUCAAAGCUAAUCAGCUAAAGCUAAACAACUGAAAACAACAGUUACAGGAAAUGCAUUUUUCUUUUUCUUUCAGUCCAUUUUUACUUUCAAGGCCAAUAAGAUAAGACUUAAAAAAAAACUUUUUUCUGAUCUUUUUAACUUCUGAUACAAAUUUCUAAGCUCAAAGCUAAUUGGCUAAAGCUAGACAACUUAAGACAACACAGUGAUCAGAAAUGCAAGGAUUCUUGUAAUCACAGUUCAGUUAUCUUUUAAGUUUAGCUUUCUUUUAUAACCAAUAAGCAAUGAAAUAUUGACUUUUUUCUGUUCUAUUUUGCUAAUGUUUUAAAUGUUUAGCUUUAGCCAAUAAAGCUAAAAUAACACAAUGAAAUACUGACAAGUUUAUUUCCAGAUUUUCUUUUUUUUACUUGUACAGUACCAACAAAAAGUUGUUCCCAUAAAACUAAUUGCUCUCACAUUUGUAUCAAUCUGCUCUAAAUAAGGCUGGAUUAAAAACCUUUGGUUUUGAUUUUGGACCAAAAUAUAUUUAAUAUAGUUUGGAUCUUCCUUUGUCAUCCUUUAAACAUCUACAAACUUGUAUUUUUGGUUAAUUUAAUGGAACAGAUCACUUUUGAUCUCCAUGAAACCUGUCAGGCUUUUUAAGUUUGACACUAAAUGCUGCUGUGUAUAUUUUAAAAUAAUGCCCGUUCCUGCCAAUCACCGCCGCUCUGAAACUGUGAUUUUAAUUGUGAGGAACACAAUGUAGUCAGUCUGAAAGCUGACACACCAGCAUUUAUCACUUUUAUUUUGGGUCUAGCAGUUUUCUCCUCAAGUCAAAUUACAAAUUAUAAUUUAUUAUCUCACUCUGUCAGUUUUUAUUGUGAUCAGGGCAAAGCUCUUUCAUUGCCAAAUCUUUUGUAGUUUUUAAUUUAGCAUUUUUGCAAUUGACACCAGUCGCUAACGCCAUGUUGCCUCAUUCAGACUUUUUGUGUCACACGCUUCCUGACCGUCUUUGUUUUAUUUUGCUCAAUUUGUUUGUGGUUUUGUUGUUUUGUCCCAUUUACGUCACUGCAGCUGACGUGUCUUUCGGAUGUGAGGGUUUUUAUAAAAUGGUACAAAUAGGUGUAAAGUUUUAUAAAAUGAAAUGAUUUUUGUUGUUAAAAUGUGAUGUACAUUUUUUUUAAUUUAAGUAAAAUCAAUGUCAAACAC